AUGGCGGCGGCCGGAGGCCCCGUGGAGGUGGCGGUGGUGGCGGUUGCCGAGGCGACGGCGGCAGGCGCGGCCUCCUCGUCCGGCGGCGGCGGCGCCUGCUGCUGGGUGUGGGAGGUGGGCUCCGGGGCGACGCUGGCCAGCUAUCGCGGCGGGAGCUUCGCGGCCCGAGGGCUGGCGCUGCUGGGCGGGGAGCAUCUGCUGGGGGCGCAGCUGGGCAAGGCCUGGCUGGGCGCCUGGGAGCUCCAGAGGAAGGAUCAGCUCCAGCAGAAGAUCAUCUGCCCAGGGCUGGUGUCCUGCCUGGCAGCUGCUCCCAACGGCCUCUACGUCUUGGCGGGCAUUGCUGAAAGCAUCUAUCUCUGGGAGGUCUCCAGCGGGAACCUGCUCGCCAUCCUGAACCGGCACUACCAGGACCUCUCUUGCCUGGCCUUCACAGACGACAGUAGCCACUUCCUCUCCGGGGCCAAGGACUGCCUGGUGAUUGUGUGGAACCUUUGCAGCGUACUGCAGGUGGAGCACGGCCAGAGCCCCGAGCCCCGCCACGUGUGGUCGCGACACAGCCUUCCCAUCACAGACCUCUGCUGCGGGGUCGGCGGCCCCAUGGCGCGAGCUGCCACCGCCUCUCUAGACCAAACGGCCAAGCUUUGGGAGAUCUCCUCCGGGGACCUUCUCCUGUCCGUCGUCUUCGACGUGGGCAUCGUGUCAGUGACCCUAGACCUCACCGAAUAUUUCAUGUUUUGUGGGGGCAUGGACGGCUCCAUUUUCCAGGUUGACCUCUGCUCCUGGCCUGUGCAGCGAGAGAGGGGCUUCCGGACCGAGCGGGAGAACGGCAAAGUCUUCCAAGGGCACAGGAACCAGGUGACGUGCCUCUCGGUCUCCACUGACGGCAGCCUGCUGCUCUCUGGUUCGCACGAUGAAACCGUUCGGCUGUGGGACAUCCAGAGCAAACAGUGCCUGCGCACGAUGAAUUACAAAGGCCCAGUCACCAACGCCUUCAUCACCCUGGCCCCGGCCAACAUGAUCAACCCAGACAGCAAGCCCAGCGUGCCCCUGCCGAAAUUCAGCCGGCACCUCCACAACGUGGAGAGCACGGAGCACUCCACCAGCGAGGGGCUGACACUCUGCCUCGGCCUGCAUCAAAAGGGAUCUGGGGAAAGCUACUUGGAAAAAGCAGAGCGUUUGUACUCCCAGAUGUGUUUGACACGAGAGAAGAACCUGAUGGGUGACCAGGAGCAGCUGAAAAUCCAGGUGACAGAGCUGGAGGAGGAGGUGGGCACGCUGCGGAAGAUCAACAAGAGCCUCUUCGACUUCUCCAGCCGCAUCAUCACCAAGCCGGGCAAACAAUAGCCCCGUCCCGAGCUCGCCUCUCGAGGGAUGGGAGAAGCAG